AUGCAACGUAGUAGUGAGAAUGCGCCUCUUUCGGAGGUUGUUCAGAAAAUGAUGCCUCUUCCUAUUGAAAAAUGGAACAAAGGUAUUGCACUUGAAGGAACUGAAGAACCUGGUUAUUCAGCAAUCUAUCGUAAUGGUGCAUCACCUGAAGCGUUAAAGAGUGCAGUUGCUCCUGGUCUUUCAACAUAUAAGGAAUUGUUCAAAUUUGCCGUGAGCACCUACCAAGACAAACCGUUAUUCUCCUACCUUGAAUAUGACUACGCCAAUGGCCAAUCAGCCACAGUGCCUACAACGAUUUCAUAUAAUGAAGCAGAUCAUUUGCAACGGAAUUUGGGUUCUGGGAUCGUAUAUCUCUUGCAAAAUAGUCCAUAUCUUCAGCCGCAAGUGUUGAAAUCUCAUGCUAAAGUGGUCAACCAUUCAAGAGACUAUCAAAGUUAUGAUAAGCAUAAUCAUUCCUUUGUUCUUUCUCUUUUCUCAGGUAACAGAUGGGAAUGGGCUGUUACUGACAUGAUGUCUUCAUGUUUUGCCAUUACCAAUACUGUUUUGUAUGACACUUUGGGUCCCAAUGCCUCGGAGUACAUUUUGUCAUCGACUGAGUCUCCAAUAGUUGUGUGUUCCAAGAAUCAUAUUCGAAGUCUUGUGACUUUAAAGAAGACCAAUCCCGAUUCGUUAGCACCUUUAGUCAUGAUUGUAUCAAUGGAUCCUUUACUGGAAGAUAUGGGGUUCACUAAGAGUAUUAUCGAAGAAGCCAAACUGGCGAACAUUGAUAUCUUUUCCUGGGAUCAAGUGAUUGAAAUAGGUAAAGUAUUUCCUCAUCGGGAAUUGGAUCCAACUGUUGAUUCGCUUUUCUCCAUUUGUUUUACCUCGGGUACAACAGGUAAUAAACCCAAAGGGGUAUUAUUAGAACAACGUCAAUGUGCCGCGGGGAUCACUUUUGCUUUAUCCCAGUUGGAUAAGUUUGAAGAUAACACAACCUUUUGUUUCCUUCCCUUAGCCCACAUCUUCCAAAGAGAAAUGUUAGCCUUUGAUGUGGUUGUGGGGUCUAAUAUUGGGUUCCCCCGAUUAGACAGUUCGCCGUUGACUCUUGUUGAAGAUUUGAAGAUUUUCCGUCCAACCAGUAUGGCCAAUGUGCCACGAGUGUUCACUAAGUUUGAAGCAGUGUUAAAGGCUGGAACCAUUGAUUCAUCUUCAGUUAUCAAGAGAACACUUUUCUCCAGGGCUUUCAAUGCUAAACUGGUAGCCCAAGCACAAGCUGAUGGUUGUGAAGGUCAUCACUUUUUUUAUGAUACGUUGUUGAUCUCCAAAUUAAGAAACGUAUUAGGGUUUAAUAACAUGAGAUAUAACAUCACGGGGUCUGCUCCCAUAUCUCCCUCCACAGUGAAGUUUCUCAAAGCAGCUUUAGGGAUCGGGUUGGCUCAAGGCUAUGGACUCACUGAAUCGUUCGCAGGGUUUGCCAUUGGGUGUCCCUAUGAAAAGGAACCGGGGUCUUGUGGUCCCACUGGUGUAGGGGUUGAGGUUAGAAUAAGAGAAAUCCCUGAAAUGGGUUAUACAUUAGAUGAUCCUAAAGGUCCCAGUGGAGAGUUGUUGCUUCGUGGGCCUCAGAUCACUCCUGGUUACUAUAAGAAUCCUGAAGAAACUGCCAAAUCGUUUGAUAAAGACGGUUGGUUUUUAACCGGAGAUAUCGCCAGAAUCUCAGCUUCAGAAGGUAAAUUAUACAUUGUUGAUAGAGUUAAGAAUUUCUUUAAACUUUCUCAAGGUGAAUAUGUUACUCCAGAAAAGGUGGAGAAUGUUUACUUAUCGAAUAACUCUUUACUUCAACAAUGUUAUGUUCACGGAGACUCACUCAGAAGCUUCUUGGUCGCAGUCAUUGGUAUUCCUCCCGCAACCCUUAAAGAAUUUCUCACUUCGCAAUGUGGUGUCAGUCCUUCACAAUUGACAACUGAUGAUCAACUCUUACAGGUUGCCAACAACAAGGAUCAUCGUAAGAAGUUGUUGCAUGCUUUGAAUAAGAAUAUUGCAUCGAAACUCCAAGGAUUUGAAAAAGUUCAUAAUGUAUUCGUUGAGUUUGAACCCUUACAGCUCUCACGUGAUGUGGUGACUCCUACAAUGAAACUUAGAAGACCUGUGGCAGCAAAGUACUUUGCCAAUCAAAUAGAUGAGAUGUAUACCGAAGGCUCCUUAAUAAGUAAAUCUUCUUUGUGA